AUUUUAUAAAACAACUGCAAUUUGGGUCUGCCUGCCGGAGGAGGGUCUCGUUUCCUCUCAUGUCGCUCCCUCGGCUCUUAAUCAGAAAAUCCCAUCUAAUGAAAGCAAGUGUCUCUUCUGGUGGGGGGGUUCUGCCAUCCGAAACCGUUCGGCUCUAUCUUUGUAAAAUAGGUAAUGAACGACGAGUCAGCACCGGACAGCUGCACGAAAAACUCUGGGUGCUCCAGUAUUGAGCAAAUGCUGGCUGUGAAUCCCGGAAAGACGCCGAUCAGUCUGCUGCAGGAGUAUGGAACGCGGAUAGGCAAAACCCCAGUGUACGACCUGCUGAAGGCGGAGGGACAGGCCCACCAGCCCAACUUCACCUUCCGAGUCUCCGUUGGUGAGAUCAGCUGCACCGGCCAGGGCCCCAGCAAGAAAGCGGCCAAACACAAAGCAGCUGAGGCUGCCCUGAAGAUGCUAAAAGGAGGCCUGGGAGGUCUCAUUGGAGUUAGCGUCGGAGAAGAGGGGUUUAUAAGUGUUGAGGAAGCUGUUGAAGAAGACAGCACCCAAAUCGAAAUGAAGACAUCCAGCACUUCACAGCAGUCAGAAUGCAACCCUGUGGGAGCUCUGCAGGAGCUGGUGGUGCAGAAAGGCUGGCGCCUUCCCGAGUACACCGUCACCCAGGAGUCCGGCCCAGCACACCGCAAAGAGUUCACCAUGACGUGCCGAGUGGAACGAUUUGUAGAAAUAGGCUCCUGUCCCUCGGCAGGAAGCGGCACGUCCAAGAAGCUGGCCAAGAGGAACGCGGCGGCCAAGAUGCUGGCCCGCAUCCACGACGUGCCGGUGGACCUGAGGACCCCCAACGAGGCGGACCCCGAGGACGACACCUUCACCAUGAACAUGGGCAGCCGGGCGGAGUCGGGGAAGUGCAAAGGCCUGGGCUGCACGUGGGACUCGCUGCGGAACUCGGCGGGGGAGAAGAUGCUCCAGCUGCGGAGCCACCCCCUGGGCACGGCCCCCGACUGCACCUCCUGCUCCCUGCUGACGGACCUGUCGCUGGAGCAGCGCUUCGACGUCAGCUACCUGGAUCUAGAGGAGCGCAGUCGGAGCGGCUUCUGCCAAUGUCUGGUGGAACUGUCCACCCAACCAAUCACGGUGUGCCAUGGUUUCGCUCCCAACACGGACGCUGCGCGGGCCAACGCCGCCCACAAUGCACUGCAGUACCUCAAGAUAAUGGCCGGAGGAAAGUGAUACGACCACCACCUUGUGCUUUCUUCUUUCUUUCUAUUAUAUUCUGAAACUUGUAGUCAACAGCAACAGAGCCAUGUUGAAAGCCCCCCAAUGAAAGCACUUCACCAUGCGGAUAUUGCCUCUUUUGAACUUUUGAACUUCAGUUAUUAGAGAUGGAACUCAAUUCGCCAAAUUCCCCCAUCGGAGUCUGUCCAAUCGAUCUCUUAACAUUUUUAGCCAAUGGACCUAUGGCUGUACGAAAUGUUGACACUGUUGCACAGAUGUCUCCAAAAAUAUCCCAUCCCCAUGUGAAAACACGUAUUCUAUUAUGUUCAAUCAACAGUUGUCUGCCAUUCAGAAAGGAGCAGGGGUCAUAGAUUUGAAAAUAAUGAACUCUUGUAAAAAUUGUGCUUCCUUCCUUAUCUCCACUUCUGUAGUCGGAUGACAUCCAAAUCACCAGCCAUGUUGCUAAGAGACUUUUCAAGCUGCUAAGACUUUUUCAAGUAGACCGUUAUUUUAAAUUCAUCCAUUUUUAGUCAUCUACUGUUCCCCUUUGAUUUUAAAGAUGUCAAAUUAAGAAUUCUUAAUAUACCUUUUUCCUUUAAGUGUGUCCUCUUUAAACGGUUUAGUUAAAAUUUGUAUUUGAUCUAUUUAUUUGACACUAACUUAAAGCAGCGGUUAGGCUUGCAUAGAUAUACAUUUUCCUUGUUACCUCAAUGUUGGAUUGUUUUUACAUUCAAAACCGUUUUUAGAUAAAAGUAGGUAUUGCUGGCUCCUUGCGCAGUAUAGUGUACAUUUUAAACCUUUUGUUUAAAGGAUUUCAGGAUGUAUGAUUGCAUCUACACUGAAGGUUAAUAAUAUUGCAUUUCAUACUCCUGAAAAACUUCCCAAUUGGAUCUGGAAUUGUUUAAGUUUUAGCAUUUAAUGGUAGCCAUCUAUCUAUUGGAAUCCUUUCAAAUCUCUGCAUACAAUCUAACAAAGGCUAUUUCUUCUUACCUCCAUUAAGAACAAUUUGGCCAUUAGUUAGUAUGGAGUAUGUGGACUUUCCUAAUUUGUCUCCUAAAUACCAAUGUGGCAUGAAAAAAUCCAUUCUGUCAAGGACCUACGUAUGUCUAUGACCAUGUAUGCACUUGCUGUAAACCUUUUUAGAAAGUCCCUAUUGUGAUGGAGCCACAUUUACAAAAUGUACUGCAUUUCCUUUUGGUCAUGAAUUCUAUUAUUCUUUUUUUAACAGCAGACCUCAGUGUGUGUAGAUUAACACCUUUUCUGAUGCAAAUGUUUUACUUCAUGGGCAAACAACAGUACAGGCGGUGCACCUGAGUGAAUCACGGCCUUUUGCACAGCAUCUCGCAACCAAGUGUUCCUGAAUCUACCUCGAAAUGUUAGCACAUUGGCACAACUACCGUGCAGUCUUUGACAAUGUAAAGAUAAUUCCUGUUUUUGUUUUUCUAAUUUCGGAGUGUUGACUCAAUUAUGUGAGCUAAAUUCUGUUUCCCUUGAAACAUUCUGUACCAUAUUGCAAAAUGUAGCAAUAUAGCCAAAAUGUCAAAAUGACAUUUUAUUUUUCACAUAAAAGCAUUGGGUUUAAUUGAGGAUGAAAUAAUUGAAACGUGCUGUAAUUUGUUUAGUUAUAAUACUUUUUACAUUUUAUUCAAAUAAAUAGUGAAUCUUAAACCAA